ACGUGUAAGUGUGUUUGUUUAUUAGCCUCAGUCAUGGCGGUGGAUAUUACUGCUCUCUAUAAAGCAAGUGUGAGGACAGUAAAGACGCGAAAUAAAGCUCUGGGACUCGGACUCAGUUCCGCCUUAGGCGCCGCGGGAGCAGCGGAGAACCAGAGAGAAGAUCCGCUCCGCAGAACCAGAACCAAACUAAACAACUCCGGACUGUUUUCCACUAAAGCUAAAGAAGUGAUCUCCAACAUCACUAAGCUGAAGGAUUUUCUGCUGCAGCACAGGAAGGACUAUGUGAACGCUGGCAGUUUACUCUCAUCAGAUGUGAGUCGUAUGACGGACUGUGAGCGAGAUCAGAUUGAUCAGGAUGCUCAGAUCUUCAUGAGAACUUGCUCAGAUGCCAUCAGACAGCUAAGAACUGAGGCAGAAAAGUCAGUGAUCUCUGUGCAGGUGAAGGAACAUCGUGGGGCAGUACUGGACAUGAUUGAGGUUUAUCUUAAAGCUGUGUGUAAGCUGUACUCAGAGCAGAGAGCUAUCCGAGUGAAGAGAGUGGUGGAUAAAAAGAGAUUGUCUCGUUUAGAACCAGAACAGAAAAGCAAAGUGGAAAAAACUCAUAGUGAAGAUGCAGAGAAACAACAGGAGGAAAAUACAGAAAAGCUGGUGUGUGAUGGUGGUGUGGAUCUGUUUGAAGAUUCCAGAGUGGAGGAUGAGCUCUCAGCUGAAGAACUACAGAUGUUUGAACAGGAGAAUCAGAGGCUGGUGAGUGAGAUGAACAGUCUGGUGGAUGAAGUAAGACAGAUUGAAGGAAAGGUGGUAGAGAUUUCUCGGCUUCAGGAAAUCUUUGCUGAGAAAGUUCUGCAACAGGAAACUGAGAUUGACAACAUUCAUCAACUGGUUGUUGGUGCCACAGAGAACGUUAAAGAGGGAAAUGAGGACAUUCGAGAGGCAAUUAAAAAUAAUGCAGGGUUCCGGGUGUGGAUUCUUUUCUUUCUGGUCAUGUGCUCUUUCUCCCUUCUCUUCUUGGACUGGUAUGACAGCUAACAUCAGAAAAUACGUCAUCUGGAAACAUAAAAACAAAUUAACCACCUACGGAAGAAUCGAAAGUCUGAUAUGAAAGUGUGUGUGUGUGUGUGUGUGUGUGUGUGUAUAUAUAUAUAUAUAUAUAUAUGCCUGUGUUUUUUUUUUAUAUAAAAUCUAAACAAAUUAAUAAAAUUAUUUUAACAUUGUCA